AUGAACUCCGGUGAAAGACAGUUGGUACCGCAGACGGACGCCGUCAUGUUGACGGAGUACCUUGCGAGCAGGGCGUUGACAGUGACAGAGACGUUGACGGCUGUGGCUAGUGGCAGCAAUGACGCAGCUAAGGACCGCCUUUAUGAGAAGACGCGGCAGGUCGACGCAUUGUUGCAGCAGCUUAAGCAGGCUGGGGAUAGGAACCGGCCAUGA